CAUCAGAGUAUUUGGUAAUCAAGAAAGUUGUCUUUUUCUGAACACUUCAGUUUUAUUUUUUGUAAAUAAAUCGUGCAUUUUGAUUAAAUCACAUUCCCAAUUCGUUCUAACAGCUGUCUUAGAGAAGGAAAUUAAAAGAACAAUUGGAAUCCAAGCUGGCACUGGAAAAUUCAAAAAUGAAUUCAUAGAGAUGAUAAAAAAAAGACUAGACAACAGGCAAAACAAAUCAAAAAACUGAAAAAUUAUAGAGCUGAGCUAAAUGUAAUGUAAACUGGCGUGCUUGUGCCUGAAACCAGAAAACAGAACCAAACAAAGCAUACAUUACCCUACAAAACAAAAGCCAAGAAAUAUGGACAGAUCAUCUCAAUUUUGUGUUUAAACUUUUUAAAAGUUCCAGUUCUAAAUGAUCUGGCCUGUUUUCUCUCCACUGUACGGGGUUUGCAGAUUCCCAUUGGUAGAUGUGAUGGAGCAGCUGCAGAACAUAAGGACUUAGCACCACACUCUGGAGCCACACAUUUUUGAUUUUUACGUGUAAAAAAAGGAGUUGGUUGUGGUUGAUUUCUCCAGAUAACUUUACUUUACUUUAAAAGGCAUCAGACUUAAGCAAACUGAGAAGACCCCACCCAUGACCCAUGAUCCACCCUAACACGACACAGUGCAUGUGGGGAGUCCGGUACUCAAAGCAGCUGAGAUGAAGGAAGAGGCAACAGUUUCUCCACUUAAGAACUUUGUGGCUGGGGGGGUUGGUGGAGCCUGCUUGUUGCUGGUCGGACACCCUCUAGACACCAUCAAGGUCAUACUGCAGACACAGCCUAAAGCUCCCCCUUCUGCUCUUUACUCUGGAGUCUAUGACUGUUUCUGCCACAUUGUGGGCAGACAGGGCAUUGCUGGUCUUUAUAGAGGUAUGGGGGCCCCUCUUGCAAGUGUGGCCCCUAUGAUGGCUAUCAGUUUCCUUAGCUUUGGUUUGGGGAAACGGCUGCAGCAGAGAGACCCUGACAUAACCCUCUCGCACAGGCAGAUAUUCUUUUCAGGCUGUUUGGCAGGAACCUUCACUACAGUGGUUGUCGCACCAGGAGAACGAAUCAAGUGCCUGCUUCAGGUGCAAUCAAGCAGCGGAGAGUCCAAGUAUGCAGGUCCACUAGACUGUGCCUUCAAGCUGUAUCAGGAAGAUGGAAUCCGCAGCGUCUACAAAGGAACCCUCCUCACCUUAAUCAGAGAUGUCCCCUCUACUGGUCUGUACUUCUUAACAUACGAAUACCUCAAGUGUGCGCUCACACCUGCGGGUCAAAGUGUUUCUCAUCUCAGCACUCCAAACAUUUUACUGGCUGGUGGGGUUGCAGGAGUAUUGAACUGGACGGUUGCUCUUCCUCCAGAUGUCCUCAAGUCCAACUUCCAGACAGCUCCAGAUGGUAGGUACAGUGGUGUGUGGGACAUCCUAAGAACACUGCUGCAUGAAGAAGGACCCAGAGGGCUCUACAAGGGAUUCAGCGCCGUGCUCCUACGUGCCUUUCCAGCCAAUGCGGCCUGUUUUUUGGGGUUUGAGGUGGCGUUGAAGGCGCUGAAUAUUGUCACAACCAGCUGGUGAAACAAAUGGUUUUCUUCUCAUCAAAACCUACUUCAAAGCACCCUGCAAACAGGAAAAAAUCGAACCAGCUCAGAUUGAAAUAGGUCCAUUUUUUAAAUGCAUGUCAAAUGAGUUCAAACGGUUUUUCAUCCGUUUAAAAAAAAAAAAAGUAAUUUGGCAACUGCAUCAGUGACCGUGUUCGUGCAGAGCAGUAUUUCAUUCAUACAUUUUUUGCUUCAAAACUAAACUAAAUUCUCAUCAAAAACAAUAAAAACAUGCUCUCUUUGGCUUUCAGCAGAAGCUGAGAUACUGCAUCUGAGUAUAGCGGUUUAUACUGACGUUUAGACUGAGGUUGUUGACUAACCCUAUUAUGACAACUAUUAAAGGAACAGAUGGAACCAAAUUAGUCAUUGGUGAUGCAGCACAAAAUAAUAAAUGCAGACUAACACAAACAGUUACGAAAAUCCUCAUCCUUUAGAAGAUCCUCUCCUAUUAUACCUCCAGCAGACAAAACCUCAGCAGAAAUCCCGGCUGUGUUCUUUCUGUGGGGAGUAUGCAUGUUCUCCUCAUGCAUGUCUGUGUUUUCUCCAGGUUCUCCAGUUUCCUCCCAGUCCAAAACCACACACCUCACAGGUUCAUUGGUGUCUUUUAAUUAUCCCUUCCUAAUGUAUGUGAGAGUGUGUUUGUGCAUCUCUGUGUAGCCCUGCAAUGGGCCUUUAUGGACCGGGGGAACCCCGCCUUCACCCAACAGCAGCUGGGGUGGGCUCCAAACAGCCCCACAACCCAAACAGGGAUCAAGAAAUGGAUGGAUGGAAAAUGAAUAAAACAUAAAGAGUAGGUUGUUUCAAACAAUAAUUUGAGUGAUACUAAACUAAAACAAAAGAAAAAGAGAAGUUAUAUGUGAAAAAGAGCAACCUUUGGAUAGGCUUAACUUGCAGCUGUGUGUAAAAUGUUGAAGAAAAUCCAUCAUCCAUUCUUCAAACCCACAUAAUUCCAUUCAGGGUCACGAGGACUGAAGGCUAACCCAGCUACUGUUGAGGAGAAUAAAUACAAGAAAAAUGUGAUCAACAUAAAGGUACAGGACUAAGUUGCUAAUGUCAAUAAAUAUACAUCUGUGAUAUAA